AUGUUUGAUGUUGAUACUUUACCAUAUUAUAACCCCAGCAUAGAGAGGAAAAUCGCUAUCAUUACAGGUGGGAACAGUGGUAUCGGAUGGUAUACCGUGUUACAUCUAUACAUGCAUGGUUUUACGGUGUAUAUAUUUGGAAGAAAUUCCGUGAGAGUUAAUAAAGCUAUUGAUAAAAUUAUUAGGGAAGCUAAGCAUCGUUAUGAAACUUGUAAAGAUCCAUAUUUAAAAAGUAUAAUACAUAUGGGAGAUAUAAUAUAUCUUCACAUGGAUUUAUCUGACUUGCACUCUGUCGAUAAAGCAGCAAAAAAGUUUUUGAAAUUAGAAACAAAACUAGAUGUGUUAAUCAACAAUGCGGCAGUGAUGGCAUUGCCAUAUGAGAUUACUGAGGAUGGAUUUGAGAUUCAAUUACAGACAAACUAUAUUUCACCAUUUUUAUUAAGUGUGAAGCUGUUACCACUUUUGCAGAUUGCGAAAGGGAGGAUGAUAUCCUUAUCAUCCAUAGGUCACAACUUAGAACAAAUGCAUUUUAAAUUAAAUCAAUCGUUUGAUUAUAAACCUAAUAUGAUAUUCACGUGGUUUAGAUAUGCAGUUGCAAAGACUGCUGUAAUACAAUUUACCAAGAUGUUAUCAAUUAAAUACCCUGACGUGUUAUGUUUGUCGGUUCAUCCGGGAUUAGUUAUGAAUACGAAUCUAUUUAGUUAUUGGACUAGACUUCCGAUUGUAGGUAUAUUUUUUUGGAUGCUAUUUCAAUUGGUAGGCUUUUUUUUCGGGGUUUCUAAUGAAGAGGGAUCUAUUUCGACUUUAUAUUGUGCAUUAUCUGAAGAUUUAAGUCUCGAUAAUGAUAAUGGUAAAUAUUUCACCACAGGGGGUGUGGAAUCCACUCCAAGUCGCAUUGCAAACAAUUUAGACAAUGCGGCCUCGACAUGGAUCUGGACAAUACAUAGGUUGAGAGAACGAGGGUUUGAAGUAUGA